CAUAAGCUGUUCCGAAUCCUGCUCUCAUAUUACUUGCAUAUAUUAAGUGAUAGUAUGGUAAUGGUGAAAUUUUCAUAUUUUUUCGUUUAUUAGGAAUCCUUAUCUUUCUUUGUCUUGAGGUUAACGAAACUAGUUUCUAGCCAAUGUUUUCUAAAAGAUAUGCUAUUUAUUUUUAAUUAAUAUCUUUUGGGUUACAAACACAUAAGUUACUGUUUUUAAACAUUGACGAUUUUUAUGACAUUCAAAUAUAGUGGCAGAUAACUUAUAACACUUUUAAGCAUCGAUAUACAUAUGUAAGUAAAUCUGAUUUCCUGCACAUAAUUGAGAAAUCAGAAACAUGUCUUCUGACGUACACAUAUUUCACAUGCUGAACAUAUUUAAAGCCCACCCCUACCACGUACCUGUUGCUUUGUUGCCGGGACUAGGUUUUCUGACGCAACAUAUAUCAACAAAAAAUAACAAUAUAAUGUUCCUUUUAUAUCAAAACUGUUUUGGUGUUGUGGGUUUUUGCAGUCCUGGUUACAUUCUGUGCCACACAUUUUCAGUCAUGAGAACCGGGCUUUGAGCUGGUCAUUCAAUGCCAUGCAUUUGGGUUUGUUCAAAAUAUCUUUUCACAAUCCCAGCUCGAUGAACGGGUUAUCAUUAUUUCGUUAUAACAUGUUGAAAAUAGCAAAUAAUUAUUAGCCAUACAAAAGUGCCAACUAUUUCAAUAUAUUUGCGACAACAACAUCACCAUUUUCACAGUUAAUGUACCAACACCAUCAUAUCUAAUACUACCCCUGACCAACAAACGCAUACAUGACUCUCGACCAGGAUUCAAUCAGUUUGGUGUUCAUCCUUCUCCGGGUCGUCUCCAGGUUAGAAAAUUAUUUACAUCACUUUUUGUUUACUUUACAGUCAUCACUAAAGACGAUUAUUUUUUUUUAUACAAUAAUCAGUUGCAUCUUUGUGUGUUUUUGUUUUUAAUUUACUCCACACAAGCUUUUUUUUUAACAUUCUUGGUAUUAAUCAUAAUGACCUUUUUACAACAUAUGAGAUAAACUACCUCGUAUAUUUUUCUGUGGGCAGUUCGUUUGAUCACAAUUCUAGCCUGAAUCUCAUUAAACGUUGAAGACAAUUCUUAAAGUGACCGUGUCCUAUUUCAUUUCAUGACACUUCCAAGUCUUCAUGAGUUACAAUCAGUGCGCAGCUAUGGUCGCCCGCUUCCAUCAUAUGGCGAAAUUCUUACCAUUUCGCUAAUUUGCAUGCCGCCAUCUUGGAAUUUGAUUUAUCAUUCAUUACGUAAAGAAAUUAAUUGAAAAAACGUCUAAAAUCACAAUCGUAAGCGAACCCCUGCAUAAACACACGUUUCCAGCAUCAAACAAAAGGUGAAGAUAACGAACAGUGAUCAAUCUCAUAACUCCUAUAAGCAAUACAAAAUAGAUAGUUGGGCAAACAUGGACCCCUGGACACGCCAGAGGUGGGAUCAGGGGCCUAGGAGGAGUAAGCAUCCCCUGUUGACCGGUCACAUCCGCCGUGAGCCCUUUAUCUUGAUCAGGUAAACGGAGUUAUCCGCAGUCAAAAUCAGUGUGCCAUGAACGGCUUAACAAUCGGUAUGAAACACGACAGACAGCAUUUGACCCAAUGCGAGGUUGUAUUGACGAACUAGAUUGUUAUAACGACUAUAGAAUUUGCAAAAUGCUGAUUUCAAUGGACUUCAAUGGAGACUGUUGAAACCCCUGUACCAUCACAUUGUUUGUCAGUAGCUUACCUCGAUUUAAAAACUGACUAUACACAGAACAAGCUCUUGAAUAUCGAAUCAGUUGAUAUAUAUAAACACCAUAUGUAGGUGAUAAUGGAAUAUUGCACAUAAAUAUGGGAAGUUGACGAUGGAGAAGCUGAAUUCAUCCCGUUUGUAAUACAGUUGAGUUGUCAGUUUGCCGUUAAUGUCUACUUUCAAAGAUAUCAUUUUUCAUGUUUGUAUCUUUUCAAUCAAACAACUUUCAAUAUAGCUCAUACAACAUUCGGAGUUCCAUUUAUAGUAAAAGUUUUGAAUUGAAGAGCCCCAUUCAAUCCAUUAUAAGCAUUUCAAGAAUCUUUGAAAAUCACAAAAAGUCCACUUUCUCUCUUCAAAAAGCAAUAUAUACAAAAUAAUGAUCACUAAUUCCAGUAUCGGAAACGGCAAAUUGAUAUGUGUUUUUCCGGAAUCUGUUCAUAAAUUUAUUGAUAUAUUUUUCAAAAAAGUUCAUUUUUUUAAUCAAAACCACUGUUUUCGGCAUUUGCAGCAUUUCGGCAAAUGGACAUCAACUGGGGAUAUUCAGAUUUAGAAAAUGUAGUUAUGCACAUGUAUUCAUUUUAUGAAUAGAAAUGUCAUGUUUUAUGUCCUUGACACUUGCACUGACGUCAUGAGGCCCCCCAAAGGGGUACCUACAUAAUGUUUUAAAAGUGAUUUUGGAAAACCAACAUUUAUAUAAAUAUGAUGUCUCACUGAAACUUGAUCUAUUUUCAAAACAAAGGAAACAUUUAUUAGGGAAUACGUAUUGGUACCUGGAGUUAAAAUAAACAUUAAUACUUGAGAUAGAAUUGCCUGGUGGAGAUGGGAUCGCCCGAUGGUGUAUGUUGUUGAAUUGGGGAGGGGGCUGUUAUAUACAUUGACUUACCGAACAGGAUCCUAUCUGUGUAAUAUUAUGUGGAAAAAUGUGUACGUGCUGGGAAGUUUGUUUUGUUUUUUAAUUUCUCUCGUGGUUCAAAUAAUGUGUUGUUAAGACUUUUGAAUGUUUUAAAGAUUAAUUUUUAUACCACGAAUUGCCAUUAAAUGUACGCGGUGCAAUAACUUCUAUUAAAGUUACACACUUAAUGAAUAGACAUAACCUUAAGAUCAUCACAUAUCAAGCUCAUGAAUAAAGUGGUUAGAAUUCCUUCAUAUGCCAGUGCGGAUUGUCUAUAGUUCCUCUAUCUUUUAACUGUCUCAAAAACGCCAUAAUUGGUGGAAAAUGAGUGUCGUGUUUCUUGGUGUUUUAAUUCAGCUAUGGCAUGUUUCUCUGUCAAUGUCAACUGUUUCCGUUUUGGAGCCAAUCUCAAAACAAUGAACUAUGAAUGGCAUAGCAAACGACUUGAAUUUCUCGCUUAACAAGAUCGAUGAACCCGUAGGUCAUUACUUUCGUUUUGUGAUAAAAUCGGGCUUUUCUUUGUCAUAUCCAUUCUAUUAUGCCCCGUUUCAAUACUUCGAUGUAUGGUUAGGACCUUCAUUGAUUAUCUGAAACAGACCAAUCUAAUCAAUCUCAUUGCAUAUAUAUUUUCAUAAUAACAUGAACCUGUAUGGGCGGAAGAAUCUAUAGACCUAUAUUGACUUCAGCAAAGUGCGAAUGUGUCGGUUAAAUCCUUGAAUCGGAAACGUAAACACUGAAGAAUAAUCAUAAUCAUGAGUUAUUUCUACCAAAACGAAUACUAUAAUUCCGUAUAGAAAUUAAAUAAAUUUGUAGUGUUUCACGGAAAUUGGAUUAUGAUGCGGGAAAUUGUGUAAUGGUACUUCUAGAAUACUGACAUUUCAUGAACUAUAUUAGUGUCAAAAUGUUAUUUUAGUAUAUCUUAACGUGAAAUAGGUAUAAAUCAUAUCCUCAAGUAUAUGAGAAGAUGGAUAAGUUCCUGUAGACGCCAUCAACAGGCGGCAAUACUAUCAAUUAUAUUAUGUCUCCGUAUCAAAUGUUUCCUUUCUAUUUUUGAUAUGGAUAAAUUCUUUUCAUCUCCGGUGUUUAUACAUUGUACAUGUAUAAUGUGUCGUUAUUGUACAAAAUCGAAAUCAAAUUAGUUGUUAUGCCCUAUGCAAUUUACAUCAAAGAUGUUAUCAAUAUUUUCGGGUUUUGUGUGAAGCAUGAUCACAGGAUGCUGCAUGUAUGGCAUUUGUUCAUGUAAAGAUUUUUGACAAGAAGCCUUACAAAUAAUGCCAUGAUUGCCGAUGUAUAUAUAAUGGUGUAGAUUAAGGAAGAUAGCUCCUGGGUCUCUGAACACAAUUCCGCAGGUUCCUACAACUAAGAAUUCACUGGUUCACUACUGAUUCCACUGAUGCAAACAUAGUAUACAUUUAUCAUUUAAUUUUACAUGUUACACGUUUUUUCAUUGGUUGAAAGAUUAUUGGAAUAUCGUACCCAACAAAAAAUAAAUAAAUGACGGGAACUACUUUCUAUGGGAAUGUUGGAGAUUCCUCUGGAUGCUUCGUAUUUAUAUAUAGAUUAGGGAAUCCUGAAAAGAAAAACUUAAAUAUUCUAACGAUCAAUAUAAAUGUUUUGAACAAAAACAAACAAAUAUUAAAUAUAAAUAAUAAUUAAUUAUGCAAAAUGAAAUAAAUAUGGUUAUUUGAGCCCCCCCCCCCCCCCCCCCCCCGUAUAACAACACAUGUCUCCUUCUGUAAUUCCGGGCUGAGAGUUAAAUGUAUUCAAACGGGGAUGACAAUAGUUCAGUUUGCACCUUGCGACAACUUUCUUCAUGUCACGAACCCAAAUACGAGAUACAUGGCACACCGCCUCAGUGAUACUGCAAUAUCGAAGCCCUUAUCGACUAUGGUUUCGAACUCCGGCAUGAUAUGCUUAUGAGUGGGUCCCGAAACAAGGCUUCCGUACAAUGUUACAACAUCUGUGACACCUUAGAAAUUCACUGAUAAAAGUCGUAAAACCCUAAAUAACACUCAACUGUCCACCUGGAAGCUGUGACAACCUCAAGAGAACCCUACCUGGUAUCUCACAUCAUGAUUAUGCAACUGUCCCAUAUUUUCCGUUAGUACCGACAUCGAACUUUGUACGUAAUUCCAGUUCCCCGCAACAAAAUGUCAGCAAUUUUCUCUCAACAGGACUUAUCUGUAACUCAUCCUUUCAACACUGCAUUUUUCAGUACAAAAGAAACCGGUUUGCUCAACAGUAAACAACGUGGAAGUCGCCAUUAGGCGUAGUGGAUUUAGUUGAUGUUUUUUUGUGAAGUUGUGUAUUCACAAAGACUACGUCCAUCUCGAAAUGACAUAGCAUGCCUAAAAUACGUUCACCUUUGAAAAUAUGUAAAAUAGUCACCGUUAGAAUAAUCUUUUAACAUUUGCAACUCUGUAAGUCUAUACCGAGAAGGAAUUACACUAAUUCCAUGUUCGAGAGCUAUCGAUUUUUAAACUAAAACAGACUACUGAUUGAUUGAUUGAUUGAUUGAUUGAAUGAAUGUUGUUUAAUGUCCCUGUCGAAAAUAUUUCACUCAUAUGGAGAUGUACAGACUACUGAAAUAGGUACAUAGUUUCAACAACCCCCUUUAAAGUCAGCAUUUCGUGAUUUAAAUGGUCGUUAAGACGAUUUAAAUUGUAAAUACAACAUGACAUCAGCUCAAAUGCUGUCUGGUUUGUUUCGUACCGAUUUCUGAACAGAUAUCUACCUAUAGGUUUUGAGUUCGGAUUACUCCGUUUACCUCAUCAAGGUAGAGGGCUUAUAACACAACCGUUAAAUUGCAGUGGCGAUAUUCAUUUGGUCCAAGAUGAGACCCUGAUAUUCAUGGAAGUAUGCAUAAGGUGUAUUGGUAGUAUGCUAUUUUAGCUAUCUUUAUAACAAUGCUGAAUACACAGGAAUAAUAAUUUCAAGGACCAUGGAACAUAACGAUAUUUAAAUUGAUAUAAUCACUAGUAUAUGAUACAUGUAUCAGUGUCUUUUAAUUUGUUUCAAAGUCUCAUUUUAUGUAUUUUUUUUUUAUCUUUAUAUCACAUCCUCUGCCUCGCAAUUAUGCAUAGGCUAAAUCUUUUUCACCCAUCCCCUAGCAUACUACACAGUACAAGUCGUCUUUAAUAAUUAUGAAUCAGUCAUUUUCUAAGAUUACCUCGUAAAAUAUCUAUCUGUACAAUCACAUAAAUUUACCAAGAUAUGAUGACAGUACGAAUAGCAAGAUACAUGCAUUGGAAUUGUAGUGCGAAAUUUGUGUUGAUAUCCUUUCAAAUUGUAUUAUACAAUAACAGUCAGAGAAUGUUUUAUGUUAACAAAAAACAUCUUUUGCGACUACCCUUUAGGCCGAUGUUUGGUAUUUUGCAUGAUUUUCUGGCGGAUUUACUCUUAAGGCUACAAUUUAGACAAUGAAGUGACCGGAUAAGCUGGACCACCUCUUUUUAAUAAACACAAGGUUGAUGACUGACCCAAAUGAUCAGUCUUGGACUGUCCAAUGAUCAUCAUUAUAUGUCUGUGUCAUAAGCCUACCGCGUUGUCGAUGUCGCUAUGACGUAGUAGUGUUGGUUCUUAAGUGAUUCGCUUGUCAACUCCCCUACACAAAAAACCCAGAGAAUGCUAAGCAAAGGUAUCUUUAAAGAAACCAACCUUGUACCUAGAAGCACAAGCCUUGUUUAAAACGUAAUUGUGACCCUUGAAUCCAGAUUCCGAGAACUUCGUUUGGCAACUUAGCGACUAUAAAUGACAUGGUGAUUUCACUGAAUCUGUAUAACAAACCUGAUGUAUAUGUCCUAAUGAAUUCUAAUGCUUGAAGUUUGGCUGUUAAAUGCACUAUGUGGUCCAAAGGUACCGGUAGUUUUAAUUGUAAGCUAAACAGAUACGACGUAUCUGAAAUAGUUAAAACUUCCAGUCGCUGCUUUAUAUGUUUGCAUGCAUGUUUUGUCAUUGAAGCUGUCAAGAUCCUUUUCGUCCCAAAUGAAACAUGAAGAUAACGAAAAGGGAUCAAUCUCAUAACUCUUAUAAGCAAUGUCAUAUAGAUAGUUUGGCAAACACGGACUCUUGGACACACCAGAGGUGGGAUCAGGUGCCUAGGAGGAAAGGCAAAACUAAUCAGAGCUUAACUCAGAGCUAUAACUCAAUGCCAUGAAAUGAGUAUCUGGAUCGCGGUGUUUGCUUGUACACUAUUACCAUUGACUGUGACAGACAAAUCAACCUGUUCGAAAGACAACUGCAAGGUAUGGGAUACAAGAAUGGAGAAAUGCUCAGAGUGCGAUGUAGGUUUUCAAGGUGAAUGUUGUCAGCUUUCGUGUCGAUAUCCUAACUACGGAGACCGAUGUCAAUCGUGGUGUAACUGUGAAAUAACAAACUGCAGUUUUGUAACUGGGUGUGACGAUGGGUCUCCAACGGUUUCUCCAGGUUUCCCAAACGCUUCAACGACUUCAUUGUCUGCGUUGUCAAUCUAUACGACUUCAAGAGCUUGUCCACCUGGGUACAUUGGGUCUGACUGUAAAUUACCUUGUCGGUAUCCAGGUUACGGCGACAGUUGUCAGUCACAAUGUGGUUGUGCAGAGGACCUGUGUCAUCACAUGAACGGAUGUAAACCAUACAGAUACUGCGGUGCCAGUGAAAGUCACAGAAAAGAUGCGCUGUUGUAUACUACCAUAAUCCUAGGUGUGGUUGCAGUCAUUCAAUUUACAGCUUAUAUUUAUGUUUCGUUUUUCUGCAAAGUUGGUGUUCUAAUGGUAAUCAAUGGUUAGUAAAAUAUAGUGCCAUUGACAAUACAAAAUUAUAAAUGUUUUAACGAAAUUUAAGAGUUUGGUUUUGUGUUUAACAAAUUUGAACCAAUUAUAAACUUAAUUUCUAAA